ACGUGUUGCGAGCAGUGCGUAAUGUGUACAUCAGUGUUUAGCAGUAGUAGUAGUGCCGCUUACCUGGUAUACACCCACCCCGCCUCAGAUCAUCACCCACCUAACCCCUCUUAUUUCUCUGAGCUUGUACAUAUAUUCACGCAUAAACGCCAGUAGCCUGACACUGUCCAAAAGCAGAUGCGAUCCAUCGUUGUCUUGUUGUUAGCCAUCGUGGUGAUGUUGCCAAUGGCAACUUGGGCAUUCGAAUUCAAAAACAUUCUGUUUGGAGGCAGCAGUAGUGGUAAUGAAGACAUCGCAGAACAGCAAGAUCGCUCGUUUGGGGUGCCAGAACAAAGACGUCCUCAGCGUCAGCCAGUGAGCUCACUCGAAAACUGCAAAGGAUACGUCUGCCACCACCAGCAGCAGCAGCAGGCAGCAGAAGCAGCAGUAGCAGGCGUGUGCGUACAGGAGCCGAUCGACUGCCCGUGUCCACAUCCGCUCGAGACAAAGCAGCGUGUAGGCGAGUGGUAUGCAUGUGUGAGAACCGGUCUCUGACACGUUUCGGUUGAGCCGGAGCCCGCCUUUUUUUCUGAUUCCUUUAAGGGGCUGUCAUUGAGAUCAAAUCAUUGUUGUUGUUGUUGUUGGUGUU